AUCAUCUUCUAAAAAACCCUUCAGGCUCCAAUCCUAUCCCUCCCUUAUCCCCUUCCGCUCCUCUCCUUCCCUCGCCAUGGCCACCAGCGUGAUGUCCCUCCGCUCCCUCGCCAUGGCCAUGGCCGACGCCUCCCUCCCGCCCGCCCACAAGCUCCUCCCCCUCCUCUCCUCCUCCACCCGCGCUGCCCCGCUCCUCCUCCGCGCCACCCGCCGCCUGCCCCUCGCGCCCCUCGUCGCCUCCUCCGACGCCGUCGAGGCCGGCGUCGAGUGGGCCGAGUCCGGGGACGAAGAGGAGGCGGUUGGAGAGGGCUCCGAUGAGGAGGUUGGGGAGGAGGAGGACAGCGUGGUGGCCUCGGGGGAGGAGGAUGGGGAGGCCGACUACGCGCCGGUGGAGCCGCCCGAGGAGGCCAAGGUGUACGUCGGGAGCCUCCCCUACGACGUCGACAGCGAGGGACUCGCGCAGCUCUUCGACCAGGCCGGCGUCGUCGAGGUCGCAGAGGUCAUUUACAACAGAGAGACAGGCCAGAGCCGCGGAUUUGGGUUUGUUACCAUGAGUACCAUCGAGGAAGCUGACAAGGCCAUUGAGAUGUUCAACCGCUAUGACAUUAGCGGGAGGCUUCUGAAUGUAAACAGGGCAUCUCCCAGGGGCUCUCGCAUGGAGAGACCACCUAGGCAAUUUGCACCUGCUUUCAGAGCUUAUGUUGGCAACCUGCCAUGGCAAGUUGACGACUCUAGGCUGGUUCAAUUGUUCAGCGAGCACGGGGAAGUAGUUAAUGCUACGGUCGUCUACGAUAGAGAAUCUGGGCGCUCGCGAGGAUUUGGUUUUGUAUCUAUGGCGUCAAAGGAGGAACUCGAUGAUGCUAUUUCUACCCUCGAUGGACAGGAAUUGGAUGGCCGCCCACUUCGAGUGAAUGUUGCAGCCGAGCGGCCACAGAGAGGCUUUUGAUGUGAUGAUAUCGGAGAAGAUGGCUGCUUGUUUGCGAUGAGCACGGAGACACAACUAAGGAGCAAUGGGACGUUUUUGCGGAAGCCGAUGCUAUCGCCUAGAAGUUGUUAGAUCCUCCCUUAGCUUCCUGGUGUUUGUUUCUUGCCUCACAGCUUUUGUUGCUUCUCUUUGCUGCUAAUGUUAACGUGUUAAAAUUCCUGUCGACACCAUGAGUUAAAUUGUUCAAGUAGGCUA